AUGCGAUGUAAGGGUGACAUGGUUGCCACUGGAGGAAAUGGUGCAUCUCCAGCAAAUAACAUCGCACAGGAGAGUUCUUUCCAUUUCAUGCCUACACCAAUGGUUGCACGCAAAGUAGAAAGGGGUCGUGUUACACCCGGUCAAGCAUUGAUGAUGCCUAUUCGUGAUCAACAUGAACCUGGUUAUUCCGUUGAGGAUAAUGUGCCAACCGAAGUAAAUUUUAAAGAAAUGGUUGAUGAAUUACACCAAAUGGAUGCGAAUGAAUUGUCGAAGCUAAGAGCGGCAAGGGCACGGAAAAGAAGAGCAGCAAAGAUGACAAAAAACAUGCAUGCUAAUGUUAAUGUGCAAUGCAAUGUAAAGACAAAUGUGUAUUUGGAGUCCGGAUGGGAUGUUGAGAGGUUACAUGAACUAGUUGGAGAAGAGGUGGCGGGUAAUAUUAUGCAAAAACUUCAUGCUUGCAAGCCUCGUCGUGAUAUUUUGAUAUGGAAACCACAAAAGCAAGGCAUAUUUACUUCGAGAAGUGCUUGGGAUAUGCUUAGAAUAAAAGUUCCAGAAGUACAUUGGGCCAAGUGGGCUAAGAACAAAGCUAUUCCUAAGCGGGUGUCAUUGGCUAUGUGGAAAGCUUUAUCAGGGAACCUUAGUGUGGAUUCUCGUAUUCGUAAAGUAGUUAUAUCAUGA